UGGAUUCCAGCCUCAUCAAAAUCAUGUGUUCACUUGGAGACCAUGAAGAUCCAUUUUAACAAGGAAGGUGGUUUUAUUUCCCUUUACAUUAAUAUUGUUAUUUGUUUCUGUUUAUUAGAAAAGUCUGACAAGAAAAUAUACGAGAAAAUACAAUAAAAUCUCAAAACAGGAAGAAUAAAAGUCAGAAUUUUCUUUGUACGCAUGCAGCCAUCAUAAACCUCGACGUGUUGCACACAUACUGGGCUGUGAUGACUACGCACACGCAGCUCAGCAGCUCAUUUGUGAGAGUUUGCUGACAGUCGUCACUCACAGAAUUUCAGAAAGUGCAUUAGUGAAGUGUGUGUGUGUGUGUUUCCUAGUGCUACACAAAGCAAACACUUCCAGUUAAACAUUAGCAAACCUCCUCCAGCAUGCACACUGUUUUGUACUUAUGUAUUUCAUUUGAUAAUAGAAGAACUUGGCACGUAUGGUCCGAGGUUCACACCAGACCGACGUGGAUGCAAAUGAAUUUCUCAAACAAAAGCAGAAGUUGUUCAUUUCAAGGCUGCGAGAGACAACUUCAGUCUGUCACAGAAAACAAUAAGUUCUGCUUUUAGGAUGCUCUCCUCUGUAAUUUCAGACAUAUUAGCCACAGAGAGCUCAGCAGGACGACGCCAGUGAUGGCAGAGGCGGAGGAGGUUAACUACGCUUCGGUUGUAUUCAAAAACAACCAACAAGCUGGAGCUAAAAAGAAUGAGGAAACUGUGUAUGAUGAAGUGAAGGUCCGCACCGAAACCACAAAGCAAAAUGUUGACACAAACGGACUGUUGACAGACAAGAAAGCAGACGUCAACAGACGUCAUCGGUGGUUGGCCUGCUUUUUUGGGAUUCUUUGCAUCCUUUUGCUGGUGGCCAUCAUAGCAGUUUGUGUCUACUUUACUACGUUAAGUGAGAAGAGUGAAGAGAAGCAGCUAAGAGAAAACCAAACGACUCUACUGGCUGCCGUUCAAAACCUGAAUAACCUCAAUCACAAACUCAUGUCUGACAGUGAAAACUUGGCGAGGGAGCACAACAAUCUGACAGUCCUGUUUGACAACCUGAAUCAAUCCUAUGCUGCCUUAGAAAGCAAGGUCUCAAACCUGACUGCAGAGAUCCAGGAACUGAAGGCACAGAGGAACAACUCGGAGAGGGAGCACAACAAUCUGACAGUCCUGUUUGACAACCUGAAUCAAUCCUAUGCUGCCUUAGAAAGCAAGGUCUCAAACCUGACUGCAGAGAUCCAGGAACUGAAGACACAGAGGAACAACUUAACAGAGACAAUACAAGACAUGGAGACACAGUGGACAGAGUCCAACGUCAGUCGAGCUCAGUGGAGCAUUGAUGCCUACUGCCCCAAAGUAAAAGGAGGUGUUUCAGUAAGAAAGUGUAACUCCUGUCAGAGUGGGUGGACCUCCUUCCAGUCCAGCUGCUAUGCCAUAAAUAACGCAAAACUGAACAAUCAGAAAACCUGGGCUGAAGCUCAAGCAAACUGCAGACAGAAGGUUUCACACUUGGCUGUUAUAUCUAACAAUACAGAGAAGGCCUUUGUCAUUAAUCAUAGCUGGGACGGCUUAGGAUACUGGAUUGGACUGAGAGUUGAAGAGGGGAAAUGGAAGUGGGUGGAUGGACGUGAUCUGACUGAAGACUUCUGGAAACCACAACAACAACAACCACCUACUGAGGGUCACUGUGCAGUUUCUUUUGAGAAAGGUGGACUGAAAUCGGCAAAUUGUACUGAAAGAUACGGAUGGGUGUGCCAGAAGGAGGGUUUAUCUGUUUAAACGCAGCAGUCAGACUGGAGAAAGUCACAUGACCUGGACUCGAGUCACAUGACCUGGACUCGCACUUGAGCCUUUUGAUUUGAGAAAACUUCCCCCCAAGUAGUAAAAAGUACGUCAUUGAAAAGCCAUUACCAGGCUGAUAAAGCAAUUACCUUCUGAAUCAACUGACUGUGAUGUCAAAAUUGUCAAACGCGUAUGGAUUUUCCUCUGGGUGAGUACACCUGUGGAGGUAAAAAUGUUUGUACCAAAAUAGUCACAAAAUAAAAAGACAUUAUAGAUAAGAAAAUCCCACUGAUUAAAACACACGUCACACACACACUGAUUACCACGUACGGACUUUUGCAGCUCAUAAACAUGAGAGUUUAACUUAAUAAUUUCCAAUAGAGCAGCUUUUCCUGCCCGGAAAAAGAGGAGGAUGACAUAAAAGAGCCAAAGUCUACCUUGGAAUCACAUCCACUGAAAACGUAAACCCGUCAGUGCAGUCUUGUGUUAAUCCUCCCACUGCAGGAAGGCACUGACUUCCAUCUCGGAGCGGAGCAGGAAAUGGUGGAGGACCCACACUUUGACCGUCAAGUCGUCCGUAAGAUCAAGAUAUGACCGUGGCCUCGCCAAAUAUCAUACUCCUAUCAUACCGUUUAGCCCUCCACAUCCCCAGACGUCAACCAGCCUUGGUCCUCAGUCCACCAGUCCAAACUCACUGCCAGGAAGCUCAGUGUUUUAUUUGACUCAAACAUCAGCUUUGACCCCCCCAAGUCAAGGAAACCGUCCAAUCCUGCUUCAUCCAACUGCGUAUGAUCUCCAGACUCAGACCGCUCAGUCUGACCUGGAAAAGGUGAUCCAUACCUUCAUUUUCUCCAGGUUAGCCGACUGCAACUCUCUUCUGUGCAGCAUCUCAAACAAGUCCCUCUCACGCCUCCAACUAGUUCAGAACGCAGCAGCUCAGCGGUUUCAACAGACGACGUCACAUCACCCCCAUCGCAGCCUCCAUCCACUGGCUGCCAGUCCGUCUUAGAACUGGUUUUGAGAUUUUACUGAUCACUUUCAAAGCACGUCUGGGUGUGGCUCCAAGUUACGUAACCGAGUUGUUGACUCCCUGUGAGCCAACCCGAAGCCUGAGAUCCUCGGGUGGAGCCCUUGUGGUGGUUCCAAAGUCGAGGUUCAAGGCUCAAGCUGACCGGGUUUUUGGUGUCAGGGCUCCUCGGCUUUGGAACGACCUUCCAGAGGAGAUAAGGCUCACGAGGUCGGUGACCUCUUUAAAAUCACUUCUCAAAGCCCACGUCUAUAGACUGGCUUUCACAUCAUGUCGUCUUUUUGCUGUCCCCUUUAACUUAUUGGUUUUAAAUUGUAUAAUUCCUAUAUUUAUUAUUAAUCAUUUUUCUAUUUCAUUUGCUGUUCUUUUAGCUUUUAAAUCUUCAACCUUGUUCACCAAUUUUCUAUUUAUAUUUUGUUGAUUGUCUUCUGUUUGUAUGCCAUUUGUUGGUUUUGUUUUUAAUGAUCGUUAAGCACUCUGGAAACCUGGUUUCUGACAGGUACUAUACAAAUCAAGUUGUUAUUAUUAUUAUCAUUUCCGUAUGUAUUUUUUGUUGUGCACAAACUGAUAUCUUGCACUCGAGGUGUGAACUUAGCAGUCAUG